AUGAAGCCAGAGGCCGGAACUCAGGCUCAAAAUGGGACCAAGCAGGGACCAGCAGAACAGAAUGGCCCGGUAGGAAAGGGGACUCCCCAGAGCCCUGAUCUCAAAACCAAGCUGACCAACGAGACCCAUCUACGCCGCUUCACCGAGAACGUACUGGACUCCCGGCAGCAGGAGAUCGAGAAUCGAGAGACUGAGAAGAGCAAGCUCUCAGCAAAGGUUGAAGCCCUAGAGAAGAAACUCGCCAGCGCCCAGAAGCAGCUCUCCGAAUCCCGGAGGGAAACCAAGACCAAGGCGAAGCAGCUACAGGAUGCCCAGGAGCAGAUUUUUCGUCUACAGCCCAACAGAAAGGACAUUACUGAGACUGAAGCGAGGGAAGCCUACAAGAACUUGGUAGGAAACGUUCAGCGGUGGGUUGAGAACCGGGUCAAGGAUAUCCUUGAGGAUCUGGAGAGUGGCCGUCUCAAGUCGAGAACAGUUCCCCCAGAGGCGUCACGCUUCGUUGCCCUCCUCAGAGAGCAGUCGAGGCGUUGCCUGAAUGCUGACCAGUCUGAUGAGUAUCACAUAAUGGGGGCCAUCAUGAACUACCUGUACCUUGCCUUGUUUUCGAAAUCAUUCUAUUGUCCCCUGGAUGACACGGAAGAGGAUGGGACGCUGAUGUGGCUCGAUGAACUUCAAAGCACCAUGUCUCGACUUCCAAGAGACGUUGCCCCUGGAUUAUUCGUCGAGAGGCUUGAGGAGGGAAAGAAGGGGGGCGUCAAAGCCGUUGUGAAACCCACCGUCCUCGUCAACAACACAGAGGGUGAAGUAACCCAGGCGCCAACCGUGAUGAGAUGGCUAUGGGACAAUGCGGCGACACCACAAGGUCCCAGCCGAAGCGUGGCUCGAGGGCCCGCGAGAAGUAAGAACCCCCGUUCCGGUCACCUUUCCAAGCUCUGA